CCUCAAAUCUGUUCUUCUGAAUACAAUUUUGAAUUGUAUGCUAGACCAGAUAAAGGAUAUUAUUGGAAAAAUAAUAAGCAUGGCGGCGGUUUGCUGUAACUCCAAAGGAUUCCUCCGCCUGUUUCCAAUUGUGUUGCUCUUUAAUACCGCAUUAUUGCUGGUGUGGAGGAACGUUCAGCAGGCCCAACAGCUCAGUCAGCCGAAUAUCCUAUGGGAAUCGCAGGAACGGGCUGCCGUUGAAGAGGAUUGUUCCAAAUAUGUAGGCCCCUCGAAGGAGAUUUCUCCCAGAACUAAAGAACUACAAGAGUUUCUAAAGUGCCGGGAUCGACCGCUUCGCUUUGAAAGAAUCCAACAUGGACGAUACUGGUUGCUUCAGAAUCUGGUUAUCGGAAGAAAAAGUCGCGACAUUGGUUGUGCCGAGUCUAUAACUUAUACCACCAUUGGAGAUUAUUCCUUUUUUGAUAAUCUAAAGCCACUGGUUGAAAGGUGGCUUGCACCAGUUAGCUUUGCCAUUCAUGCACCUGGCUAUGAUUUAAAGGCCACCCUGGAUGCAAUACAGUAUGUUCGAAACUGUUUGGAUGACGAUGGGAUCAUCAAAGACUGGGUGUCCUUUCAUGUAUACUUUCCUAAUAAUCACAUGCCGAAAAAGGUUCCCUUCAACAUGGACCAAGUCCUGCGCCAUCCUUACACCUGCACUUUGGCCAAUGGAACCCAGGUUCCUCCACCCUACACCCUCAUUCCACGAAGUGAAAGCUACAAGAACACGGCCAACCUCACCUAUCCGAUCAACGUGGGGCGGAACAUAGCCAGGCAGGCGGUCAACACUCACUUCAUCUUGGCUUCCGACAUUGAGUUGUACCCCAGUUUGGGCUUCGUUGAUCUCUUCCUCGACAUGGUGGCCCAGAAUCACAGUGUCUUGGCUCUGGAUCCGCUGCAACCGCGAAGGGUCUACCCGCUGCCGGUUUUCGAGAUUGCCUCUGGAGCGGAGGUGCCCAGCAACAAGUCCGAGUUGUUGGCACUGUAUGAGAAGAAGCUGGCCCAGGGCUUUCAUGAAAAGUUAUGUGGCGCAUGCCAUAAGGUGCCUCGUCAGAAAGAGUGGCUGAAGGAGCCUUACACUGAGGAGGAGCAACUGAAACUUUUCAGUUAUACUUUGCGGGAGAAACAGUUCCGAUACUGGGAGCCCUUCUAUGUGAGCGACAACACGGAGCCACUGUUUGACGAGCGGGUCACGUGGGAAGGACAAUCCAACAAACGCAUACAGAACUAUGCCAUGUGCCUGAUGGGUUAUGAAUACCACGUACUGCACCCAGCAUUUUUGGUUCACAGUCCUGGCAUCAAGAAAGUCACAGAAGGUUCGGCUACUCGGAAGAAAUUCGCAGAGGAAAUGACAAAGUUCAUUAAUGUUAAAAUCAGACCGGAAUAUCAUGUGUUGUAUGGUAGCAAAUCUGCAUGCCAAACUUGACUACCAACUUUGACUACAAAGUUCAAUGAAACAGCAGUUGGGUUCCUUUAUAAUACUUUAAUGUAAUGUGUUAUUAGCCAUCUUUUAAUCUUCGUUGCCAUGAGGAUCGUAAACGGGUGUUCCAAAGUUGCGCAAAUUCAUCUGGCACCAGACUUUAAAGAACAUAUUAGAUUAGAAGUUAAGAUUUGGUUCUAGUUUACUCACCUUAUUACUUUAGUAUAGAACCUAUGCCAGAUAUACCUCCUGCGAAUGGAUUUAAGAGCUCUCUUUUUACGGCGUCUUGAAUUCAAGAUCGUCCACUUCCUCCAGAGAAUGUGUUCAAUGAGAAAGACCCCAUCCAAAACAAUAAAGUUGUACUUCAAGUCAACAAGAAACUGGCACUAUAGAAAAGGUUCUUUCGAAUUUCUUAUACUACUUAUAAGUUAUUAGUUUAGUAGUAAUACUUAUAAAACAUAAGUUUUGUUAUAAAUGUUAUGAAUUAUAAGACGUAAUUAUUGUUAUAAGCUAUAAUAUUUUGAAAAAGACAAGGGUGUUUGAAAUUAAAAAAUGUAAUGAAAAAUAGAAUUACAGAGUUUCAAAAUUUAAAUCAGGAUCUCUGUUAAAGUUUUUAAUAUUUAAAUUUAAGCUUAGUUUUCAACUAUAUAUGGAAUAAAUAGUUUCUCUUAAACUUA